AUGAAUUAUUGCAGCGUAGCUGUCUCAGUUGAAAGAGAUCCGUUUCAAAGUUGCCAUUUUUUCCCCCCUUCUCUUUUUUUCUUUUUAGUCUUUAUCCAGCUUCUUUCCAUGUCUCUCUAUACCUGCAUCUCCUGCCGUGUGGCUUUUGCCACCCCAGAGCUGCAAAAAGCCCACCACAAGACCGACUGGCAUCGGUACAACCUGAAACGUAAGGUAGCAGAGCUUCCACCAGUAACAGCUGCCGACUUUCAGCAACGUGUCUUGGAGAGAAAAGCACAGCUGGCAGAAGAUGAGAAAAAACAAGAUGCCUACUGUCAAUUGUGUAAAAAACAAUUUAGUACCCAAAAGGCAUUUGAAAAUCAUGAACAGUCUAAAAAACACCGUGAAGCUGCGUCAAAAGUAACAGAGGACAUGGUGGAGAAGAACAACCGCAAGAAUUUGGCCAUGAAUGACGCUGCGGUCAAGGAUGACCAAUUUGAAGCAGACCAAAAAGAGUAUGAAAUCUCUCUUUCUAUUUCUAUCACUCAAUCUGUCUCUCUCUUCCCCUCCUCUCUCUUCCCCUCCUCUCUCUUCCCCUCCUCUCUCUUCCCCUCCUCUCUCUUCCCCCUCCUCUCUCUUCCCCCUCCUCUCUCUUCCCCCUCCUCUCUCUUCCCCCUCCUCUCUCUUCCCCCUCCUCUCUCUUCCCCUCCUCUCUCUUCCCCUCCUCUCUCUCCCCCUCCUCUCUCUCCCCCCCUCUCUCUUCCCCUCCUCUCUCUUCCCCUCCUCCCCCCCUCCUCUCUUUCCCCCUCCUCUCUCUUCCCCUCCCUCUCUUCCCCCCCUCUCUCUUCCCCCCUCUCUCUCCCCCCCCUCCUCUCUUUCUGUUUGUCAGUGGCUUUUUUUUUUUUAAAUAAACCAAAAUAUUCUCUUAAAAGUAAAUCUCUGGAGAAAAACAUGAAACACAUGACUGUUGAACACAGCUUCUUUGUUCCUGAUGCUGAAUAUCUGGUUGAUUUGGAGGGACUCAUCUCAUACCUUGGUGAGAAAGUUGGUGAAGGUAACAUGUGUUUGUGGUGUGGAGAAAAGGGCAAGGCUUUCUAUUCCCCCCGAGCAGCCCAACAACAUAUGAUGGACAAAGGUCACUGCAAAAUGCUACAUGAAGGUGAGGCUUUGCUGGAGUAUGAAGACUUUUAUGAUUACAGAUCCAGCUAUCCUGAUUAUGAAGAGAAACCAACUGGUAAAGAUGAAGAUGAUGAGGAAGAAGAGGUUAACAUUGAGCAGUUGGUUGUUGAUGGUUAUGAACUUGUGUUGCCUUCAGGUGCCACAGUUGGUCAUCGUUCACUAAAAAUUUAUUACAAGCAGAACCUUCCCCAACGACGAGUUGGGCGCAGCAACACUGCACUUCCAAGAAUUCUUGCUCAAUACAAAGCCCUUGGAUGGACAGGCACUACCACUGUUGCAGCCAAGCAGAAAGCAAAAGAUAUUUCAUACAUGCGCCAACUUCGUUCCAGACGAGAUUUACAUCUCAGUAUGAAAGCCAACAAAUUGCAACCCCAUUUCAGACCGCAGGUUGUGUUUUAG